UCACUCGACACGACGAUUUCAGAUCUUAAUCUCGCUUUCACUAACAGUGAAAAUGGGUACUACCCUUACGGUAGCAUCGACUUAACCGUUCGCACUCUUAUACACAGCAAGAAGCCGAUCGAAGUUCGUAUAAUGGUGAUGGGUUUUGAUUAUAGUUGUUUUGCUGCAAUUGAUGUGAAGAAAAUCGUGUUAUGGCUUGAAAGCUCUGAUAUGAAUGGAAGUGCUGGUUUUGCUGGUGAUGAUGCCCCAAGAGCAGUUUUUCCGAGCAUAGUUGGUCGUCCACGGCAUACAGGCGUGAUGGUUGGGAUGGGGCAAAAGGAUGCUUAUGUAGGUGACGAGGCUCAAUCCAAAAGAGGUAUUUUGACACUGAAAUAUCCAAUCGAGCAUGGUAUAGUCAGCAACUGGGAUGACAUGGAGAAAAUCUGGCACCACACAUUCUACAAUGAGCUUCGUGUGGCUCCCGAGGAGCACCCGGUUCUGCUCACAGAGGCACCUCUCAAUCCGAAGGCCAACAGAGAGAAAAUGACUCAGAUCAUGUUCGAGACCUUCAAUGUGCCGGCUAUGUAUGUUGCUAUCCAGGCUGUCCUUUCCCUCUAUGCCAGUGGGCGUACAACUGGUGAUGGAGUGAGCCACACGGUCCCAAUUUAUGAGGGCUACGCCCUCCCACACGCCAUUUUACGUCUGGAUCUCGCCGGUCGUGACCUCACUGACUUCCUCAUGAAGAUCUUGACCGAGAGAGGCUACAUGUUCACUACCACCGCUGAGCGUGAAAUAGUCCGAGAUGUGAAGGAGAAGCUCGCCUACGUGGCACUCGACUUUGACCAGGAGCUCGAGACUGCAAAAAACAGCUCAGCCGUCGAAAAGAGCUACGAGCUGCCCGACGGGCAGGUCAUCACCGUAGGGGCAGAGAGGUUCCGCUGCCCGGAGGUCCUGUUCCAGCCGUUGCUGGUCGGAAUGGAAGCUUCUGGAAUUCACGAGACGACGUAUAAUUCCAUCAUGAAGUGUGACGUGGAUAUCCGUAAGGAUCUUUAUGGAAAUGUGGUGCUUAGUGGCGGAUCGACCAUGUUCCCGGGGAUUGCAGAUCGUAUGAGCAAGGAGAUAACAGCUCUUGCUCCCAGCAGUAUGAAGAUAAAGGUGGUGGCCCCACCUGAGAGGAAGUACAGUGUCUGGAUUGGAGGAUCUAUCCUAGCUUCUCUCAGUACUUUCCAACAGAUGUGGAUCUCGAAAGGGGAGUAUGAUGAAUCUGGACCGGCUAUUGUUCACAGGAAGAGUGUAUGUACCUCAGCCUACAUGGCUGGCACUGAACUUGUUAUCAAACCCGAGGCUCAGUUCGUGCAUAUCCCUGUCCUGAACAUUGUCCUGACGGCACUUGAGGCAUCAUCAGAAACACAAAAGGAUCAUCAA